AUGACAGGUUGUGGGGAUCCACCCGAAAAACCAGAGGCGGCGAGCCCACCAGCCCCACGUCCCCUGUGUGUAGCCACCCGCCCCUCAUCCGAAGGCCGCCCGCGUGGCACCCUCGUCCUUCAGGUACCCUUCAUGACCCCGCUCCCCCUCACCGCGACCUCCCCAAUUGUUUUCCCGUCCCGCGACACCGAGGGAGGAAUAGGAGGCGAUGGCGAUUCGCGAAGUCCGAGUCCAGGGUUGCAGAGCAAUGUAGCCAGUGAUGCUGUCUCUGAAGCUCAGGAUAACAAUGGCAGGAUUGAGGUGGAGCAACUAGAACCUGAAAUUCACAACCUGUGGUGCUCUAGGGAUGGGUCUUCAAACCAUUCAGUGGAGGCAGGGCUGCUGGAGAUCAGGGAUUGGCUGGAAACUGGAAGCAGAAUGGGAUGGCAAAGAGCUCAAAUCUUUAUCACAGAUAAGAAAUUGCUUAGGCUGCAAUGA